UUGUAGGUGUUUGGUGCUGCUUCGUGUUUUCUAAUGAAGAUUUAAGAGGUGUUUAUAAUAAUUCUUGGCGGAGGGUUACCAAUCAUUUGGUUGCAAGAGAUGGACAACCACCAAUCGAUCGAAAACAGACGUUUCACCUUCUUGAUUGUUCACAAAGUAAACCUCUUUUAACCACACAAGUAGACCUAGCUAGACCCUCAAAUUUUCUCUCUUUUGAUCUUAUUUUCUAUCCUUGCCACAAGCAUAUAUUUAGUUUUUUUUGUAUGCAUCAAGCACUCAAAGCUCUUCCCUUCUGCAAGUUCGUAGUAAUAGUGGUCGCAGAUAAAGAAUAAUGGGAAGUGAGCGGUGCAAUAUUCCAUGCAAACCCCGUUAUGAUAUUACUAUGUCCAGGAGAACAAGAAAGCCGUUCAUGAAUUUCGAAGAAGCCAAUCGAAAUCCCACAACAGUCUCGACAGAAGAAGAGAGUGAUGCUAAAGAUGUUGUUGUCCAUGAUAAAGAAACGGAGAGCUUUCCUGAAACAGUUGAUGUUGAAGAAGAUCGUAAAAGCAGCCUGAAGCAACUUAUAAUCGACAACGCAGGCAACCAAGAAAGUGAACCCACCAAGCUGGUGCUGCAGGAAACAAGGGGCGGAGAUGAUGAAAACAUUGAGAGGAAAUUAUCAGGAAGCAGGAAUUCCCUUGGCCAGCAUUUCAAGGGAGAAGAAAAGCAGCUUCAAUUAGUAACAAUGAAACAAGCAAAAGAAGGAAUUGAAGGAGUGAAGCUUAAGGGAAUGGUGGGUCGCUAUGUCAAAGUGUUAAGCCAUUUGAUCAGAAUCAAGCGUGACACACGCAUGAAUAAUGGAUCCCGGAAAAAGUCACUUCUCCGGUUGCCCAUGUAGGCCAUGCAUAUUUUCCUGGGACUCUUCUGAUCACUACUUACGCAUAUAUACAUAAAAUACUCCUCGACAUGGCGCCUUGAUUU